UACCUUCAGAAUUUGCUUACCUGCAGCUCUAGUAGCAGCAAACUCCAACCUCUGGAGUUCACAAUAGACAAGUGGUAGGAGCCCAAACAAGUCGCACCACCAUGAUUUGGCCCGAUUUAAAGGUUUCCCUGUUCAUGGACAAGUGAAUGCCGAUGGAGUUUUGCUACGUGGCGAGGGAUGUUAUUUGCCAUGAUCUGAUCGAUCUUCUCAGCGAGUUUUUCCUGAUGAUCGAGUAAACAUGCAUUAGUAUGACUUGUAUUCUCUCUGUUUCAGGCUCCUCGUUUCAAUUCAUAAUCUAAAAAUCCCCGGGCAUCCACUCGACAAGAUUUAGUGGCUCUCAGAUGUUCGAUGGCACCUUUGGAUAGCUUUUUCUUAAAAGAUUCAGCUCAGCAUGCCCUUCAGACCUUUUCGUCAGCCGUGGCCUGUGCACUUCGAUGUCGAAUGAUGGCUGCUUCCUUCUGCAGAAGUGGGGUUUCGAGAUUAACGCCGAAGAAUGUGGCAUUGGCUUUCAGAAAUCCAUCCAACAGGUAUUAUGCUAAUUUCUUUAGAAAGCCAUCCAACUCUUGAGAAUUGAUAGAUGUUAUUCUCCUCACCUUUGACUGAAUGAUCCAACCUGCAAGGACAAGCUCACGAGACUCAACUAUGUAUACGGAGUCUCUGUUCUCUCCCCGACGAAGAACAGCUCCUCCCAUUGGGUAGAGAUACGUGAAGCAGAGAACUCUUCAAAUAAAUCAAACAAAUUCUAUUUGUUUUAUCCGUUCAACACAGGUGUUUGUACAUAUAGAUAACAGAGACAGUGCAGAAGGGAUUGAUUAUUUCUCGAUGCAUGGUUCACGUGAAAUGGUGAUGCUGUCGGAUUAAAGCUAGAACAAGGCACUGAGAAGUAGGUAGGGGCAUCUCAAUAGUAUUUGCUUGUUCUAUUGCAUAACCUGUGAUGGUGAGCAUGCCAGUAAAAGCUGCGAAGAUUCUACCUUCUGUGUUGCCUUCUUUUUCCUAAUAAUUUUUUCCUUGGUUGGAACAUUUCGACCUCUGUCUUCUAACCCCUCGUCAGAAGAAAGAAAGUUACAGCUACCCUGGACCAGAAUUCAGCUAUCCAUUCAUCAUUCCUGUAGCAGGCUGAGCCAGAUGUGGAAGAAGAAAGGAAUAACUCGGUUGUUAAUACGACUCAAUGAAUCACCCCAUUAGACUUGCCUCAUAAAUGACUCUUUUUCCGAGGCAGAGUCCAAAUUUGUGCCAUGAGGGUGGCAGAAGGAAGGCAACGACCAAACUCGUCACCUGAAGCUAGCAGAAGAGAAGGAAGCUGCAUGUUAACGAGCACUUCCCUUGAUCUCUCUUCUUCUCUUCGCAGCAGGUGAAGAUGGGUUCCAAACUGAAGCUGGUUCGGAAUGUCAACCAUGCGCGAAGAUUCAGGUUCCUGGUGCUCAUGGCUGGAUGCUUCGUAGUCACGAUGGCCUUCUUGGUGGCGUCUAAACCUCAAACACCUGUUCAUUCCAACUCCGGUUUUAGGACAUGGCUGCCACCUCCGCAAUCGGGUGACGAUGUGGUGAACGGCGAUAAUAAUGGGAUACAGGGGAUUCAUUCAGCUCUUUCUGAAAAGGAAGAUGCACUAAAUUCUCAGGCAUUGGGUGAAGUAGAGAAAGAAGAGAAACAAGUGCCACAUGUAGCAGAGAGCAACAUUGAGAAAGAGAAGAGUUUCCAGAGAGAAGAGAAUGCCAUUGUUGUCGAGUCAACUCCGAAGGAAGAAGCAAGCAUCCAUGAACUAACAGGUACAAUUCAGAUUCCAGAGAGGAAGCCACUGUGUGAUGUUUCAGACCAACGAGUGGAUGUCUGUGAAAUGUAUGGAGAUAUCAGGAUUCCCGGGAACUCUUCGUCUGUCAUAUUCAUGGAACCAUCCAACGCAGAGCCGAAAGAGCUUUGGCAAGUUCAUCCUUAUCCUCGCAAGGGAGACGAAGCCUGUCUCGCCGACGUCAGGGAACUUACGGUCAAAGCAAGCAGUGAAUCCCCCAAGUGCACCUUCCACCAUGAUGUCCCGGCUAUCGUCUUCUCCGUCGGGGGAUACACCGGCAACCUCUUCCAUGACUUCACCGACCUGCUGGUUCCUCUCUUUCUGACCGCACGCCAAUUUGAUGGGGAGGUCCGGUUCGUGGUGACCGACUUCAAGAGAUGGUGGAUCGCCAAGUACCUUCCCGUGCUUCAGCGGCUGUCCAAGUACCCGGUGAUCGACCACGACAAGGACGACGAAGUGCAUUGUUUCAAGCAGGUAAUCGUUGGCCUCCGCGCCCACAAGGAGUUCCACAUCGACCCUGCCAGAGCCCCUAAUGGCUAUACCAUGAUCGACUUCACCAAAUUCAUGAGGCGCGUCUUCUCUGUUGGCCGAGAGACAUUGAACUGCAUCGAGGAUCUCUCCGCCAGGAAGCCGAGGCUACUGAUCAUCGCGAGGAAGCGAUCGCGAGCCUUCACAAACGUCGACGAGAUAGUGGCAGCGGCGGAGGAGUUGGGGUACGAGGUGGUGGUCGGCGAAGCUGAUGCGGGGACCAACUUAGCUCGGUUCGCGCAGAUCGUGAACUCCUGCGACGUGAUGAUGGGGGUGCACGGCGCAGGACUCACCAACUUUGUGUUCCUGCCGCUGAAUGCCACGGUGAUACAGAUAGUUCCAUGGGGUGGAUUGGAAUGGAUUGCCGUGCUAGAUUUCGGGAACCCUGCCAAGGAGAUGGGUCUCAACUACGUACAGUACAGUAUAUCCAUAGAAGAGAGUACUCUUUCGGAGCAGUACCCGAAAGACCACCCUGCGUUCACGGAUCCCAUGUCCUUCCACAAACGUGGGUUUCACGUCGUGAGGUCUACGUUCAUGGAGAACCAGAAUGUGAAGCUCGAUGUCAGCAGGUUCAGAGAUGUCCUGUGGAAAGCGCUCGAGCAUAUGAUGCAGUAG